AUGCCGAAAGCGACCCGGUGCCGAUCGGCGCGGACGCGAUUCCCCUCGCCGGCGAGCAACAGGGACCGUGCGGCCGUCGGCGGCGGACAGGACGGCUUGCUCACACCCUCCUCUUCCCGGUCUUCGUCGUCGUCGUCCACCUCCUCCCCCUUUCUCGGUGGUGAAGGCGACGGGGCAAUGAAGCAGAUGGUGGCGGAGAACCCGGUGGUGGUGGUGGCGCAGAGGGGGUGCUGCAUAUGCCACGCGGCGAGGCGCCUCUUGCUGGGGCUCGGGGUCAACCCUGCGGUGUGCGAGGUCGGCGAGGAGGCCGCGGCCGCGGGGGAGGCGACGGCUCUGGUCGAGGCUGCGGCCGAGAUCGAGGCCCUCGGGGGGCAUCGCCGGCCGCCGGCGAUGCUCCCGGUGGUGUUCGUCGGGGGCAGGUUGCUGGGGGGCCUGGAUCGCCUCGUCGCCGUCCACAUCACCGGCGAGCUCGUCCCCAUCUUGAAAGAAGCCGGUGCUCUCUGGCUCUAAUUUCUUUUUCUCUUAUAUAUAUAUAUAUUUAUAUAUAAAUAUAAUUUCGUUGCAUCAAAAAUGAAGAUCUACAUAUUUGAAAUUUCAUGGUCCCUUCGAUUGGUUUUACAAGUAAUCAUGCUCGUAUAUAAACUGUUUUAACAACACAGUAUGAUGGCAUUCCGUUAUUGCAUAUAUCUUCCGUUCUCACGGCCUCGAAAUCAAUUCGGCUACUGAACUUUCAAAUUGAGAUCUUGAAAUUAACAGAAUUACAAUUUCAGGGGAAGGUGAGACUUGAUCUCACCAGCUUUCAUUGGCCGCACUCGAUCAAAUCGAAGGCAACACCUCACCUACUUCCAUUGGCUUUGUGAGUGGGACUUUGACCAAACCAGAAAGCAUGCUCACGUCAUGAUGAUAAGUUUGAGAAUCUAUCAACUUUCCUAUGCUAUUGGAUGAUUCACUUAUUUACAUUUUUUUCGUCAUGAUGGUAUGAUUUAUUCUCAUUCGAUCGCAUCAUUAAGCUUGACUUUUUUUUUAGCACCAAUUCAACUUAAGAUUUAAGUUUAUAGGUUAUGGGUCAAAUAAUAAUAUAAAUUAAAGCUUUUAUUCAUUAGUGAUAUUAGAUUAUCCUCUCAGUCCAUAUCUUUUCAUCUUAUACACAUUAACAAUCAUAAAGAUUACCCCCCCACAUCUGAAAGGUCAUAUUCCCUGCUCAAAUCAAUCCAACACAGAUACACUGCAUGACAAAGACAUUCCUUUUCUAAAGGGAUAUUUAGAUUUGUCUGGGAGCAUCCUUUAUAUUAUGGAUUCUAAUUUUGCAGCCUUUUGUGGACAUUUGACAGGUCUGAGGACUGCUAACUUUGGACCUCACUAGCCCAGAUUUAUCCCCAAAAAAACAAAUAUGGUUUUCUUUUUGCAAAGAAAAUAUAUCUAUAUUAAUUAUGAAUCAGUCUACAAUAUUUUUAAUAUAUAAUCAAUUAUUCCUUUGCAGUAGAAUACAGAGCCAUCUAAUCCCAAGCAUUUACUAUUUAAUUUUAAUAAAACUGAAGAAAAAGCUAAUUGUAACAACAACUUUGUGACAUACAACUCUUAAGAUGCCUCUUCUUAUUAAAAUUAGUGACUAAUGCAAUCUUAAUCGUAUUGUAUUGAUAUGAUUGAUAAGAUCUAGACGACACAAAUAUACUAAGAAUCAAAAUUUUCAGCUCUUAGAGAUAAAUAUUUUGAUAAAUCAUCGCAAGAUUAUAAAGUUAAAUUUUAUCUUCAUCAUUUAUCUUUUUCUAUAAAAAAUUAUAAAAACCUUGUAAAUAGUAAUGUUAAAAAAAAUAUUCCUAGUGGUUUUUUCAUUACCAAUCAAUUUAGUGCACACUUUGAAUUAUUAGUAAUUUAAAAAUCAUGUACUCUUAGACUCACAUUAAAUUUUUGCAGGACAUAAUAAUAUCCCAAGCAAUCAAGUGCAUUAACAUAAACAUCAUUUAGUGAUCUAAUUAGGACUUAGAAACCGAUGGCUCUUGGUUGCCAACCAUGUCUAUCUCUCGUCUUUUAGCUAUUUUCUCUUGUACUUUGUUUUUUUUGUUUUCAGCUUGAUCCGAGAAAAAGAUUCCCUACUCAUUCCAGACCUUCUACGAUUGAAGAGCAAGAACUUAAUUAAACGAGGGGCCGAUCUCUCAAAGCAUGAUUGCCACUGGAUUAAGAUCUUCAUUAUCAAUUAUCACUUUGGUAAUCACUGUUUCAAUAGGUUUUUCCUAUUCUGUAAUAUUAUUGGUGACACAAAUGAUUUGUGUCCUGUUGACGCACUUGAGGGGGCCAAUUUGAUGCAGAAUGUUCGUGCAGAACAAAAGAUAUUUUCAUCCUCAAGUCUUGAAUGUAAUAGCUUCGAUUUGUGGACUUGCAUUAGGAAGAUGCAUGAUAAAGGAUUGGGAAUGACAUAUUGUACUUGGCGUCGA